AUGGCCCCCCGUAAAUUUCCUAAAGAUCUCCCCAAGCUCCCUCUUUCCGUCUUUACCCCACCAAACACUGGCACUGCAGAGUCCUUCCCAGUUCCACCCAGUCCAAACAGCUUGGUUCCAACCAGCGUCAUUGAUGCAAAUGUCGUAUCCACCGACGUGAACUAUACUCAGUGGCAGAAGGAGGCAGGCAAAGACUUGGUUGACAAACUACGGGGCAUUGUUCUUGCUCUCCCUGGCGCUGAGCUGCAGUCUGCCUUGAAAUCGAGCUCUGACAAUUCUAAGGUUAUCUCCUACAUCAUUCCAUUCAACUUGGAACAACCAGACCCUGCCGUCGAGUCGUUGGUCUCAUCGGCAGCGGUUUCCACCACAUUGUCUACAGUCUACACAGGGGAUGCGCCUGGAGCUGUCGACGGCCUUCGAUGGGCACUGCAACGUGGUCGCCCAGUUGACAUCGACAUCCAAGCUACCCUUUCUGACAGUCUCUUGGAAGGAUUCGAAGAUUUGAUCGCUAAGGCCUCUGUUGAUCUUGAAACUGUUCCACCUAUCGUCCUUUCUAACAUUUUACCUCCCCCUCAUAACCUUGACCUUCCAAUUGUCAAACUUAUGAAUCAUCCAACCUAUCUUGCCUUCCAGUCUCAGGUAGCUGCCCUAUCAUUGAUACCCCAAGUUUACGUCAAAUUCCUCCCUCCUGCUUGGGAUGCCCCUACCCCUCAAACCCCAUUCCCUGGAAGUCCUAUUGAAGCGGCUGAUACCCAACAAAUCAAGGAAUGGAAACGCCGGAUCAAGAUGUAUCUCGCCCCCGUUAUGGAGGCCUUUGGGUACCAACGUAUUAUAUUUGGAUCUUCCCCAUCUUCAUCAUCAAAGAGUCCAUCUUCUGUUGCAGACUGGUAUGAAAUUGCAAGAGAAUCGCUCGCAGAACUUGGCAUUGAGCAAGACUUUGUGGACGCCGUGUUUGCUGGCAACGCGGAGAAAGUAUAUGGGAAGAAACAGUAA